GAACCUAAUGUUUAACUUGGUAGUCACAUGCCCAUCAGGCAGUUUCUCUGAAGUGUUUUCAGAGGGUGUUUAGAACAGGAAAUGCCAGUACAGGUAGUAUGGAGCCGUUUGAAAUUUAAUCAGUUUACAGGAUUUGGAGGCUGUGUUAUUUGCUGUGUUCGUACAGAUUCACUGGAAAGAGAAUGAAAUAAACAUGGAGUCUUCUAAACUGGAAUGUAUUUCAUGGGUCACAGUUAAAAGUAAAAAGAAGAUGGAAGAGAAUGAGAGAACAGGAAUAUAACUACUGUUAAGAACUUUCCAUUUUUUAAAUGUAAUACAGCUGGUGAUUUAUAGGAAUACUUAAUUGAUAUCCCUGGAAGGAGAAGUCAGUUACUGUGCUAUUUGCUUAAUAAGAACUUCUGAUAACUUUUUCACACGUUUUAAACUUAACUGGACACCUUUUGGUUUUCUUUAAGUCUGAGAGUUAAAGAUUUUAUACAUCUGUAUUUUGACUGAGACACUGAUCGUGGUAGAUGGCUGACAGCAGCUCCUGGAAACAGACUUAAACCUCUGACUGGUUACUGUUGUAUAGAGCUGAAUGGAACACCAUGAUUUUAGAGUAAUUCUCAUAGGACCUUCUUCUUUGCCUUGCACCCAUCGUACCCUUAAUUAUUUAAGUGUAAAUAUUGCAGUUACAAAGACUAAAAAAUAAUGGCAUGGGUGAAAUUCUUAAGAAAACCUGGGGGUAACCUUGGAAGAGUUUAUCAGCCUGGAAGUAUACUGUCCCUGGCCCCUACAAAAGGCUUAUUAAAUGAACCAGGACAAAACAGCUGCUUUCUUAAUAGUGCUGUUCAGGUGUUGUGGCAGCUUGACGUUUUUCGACGAAGUUUAAGAGGUUUAACUGGACAUGUGUGUCAGGGAGAUGCGUGCAUAUUUUGUGCUUUGAAGGCAAUAUUUUCACAAUUUCAACACAGUCGAGAAAAAGCACUCCCAUCAGAUAAUAUGCGACAUGCCCUGGCAGAAAGUUUUAAGGAUGAACAGCGUUUCCAGCUUGGAUUCAUGGAUGAUGCAGCAGAAUGCUUCGAAAACAUCCUUGAGAGGAUCCAUUUUCACUUGGUACCAAACAGUGAAACAGAUAUGUGCACUUCAAAAUCCUGUAUUUCUCAUCAGAAGUUUGCUAUGACACUGUACGAACAGUGUGUAUGUCAUACUUGUGGAGCAUCAUCAGACCCAUUGCCUUUUACGGAAUUUGUGCGUUAUAUUUCUACCACAGCCCUGUGUAAUGAAGUAGAAAGAAUGAUGGAGAGGCAUGAACGCCUCAAGCCAGAAAUGUUUGCGGAACUGCUGCAGGCAGCGAAUACUAGUGAUGACUACAGAAAUUGUCCUAGUAACUGUGGUCAAAAAAUAAAAAUUCGCCGUGUUCUUAUGAAUUGUCCUGAGAUUGUCACAAUUGGUUUAGUCUGGGAUUCAGAACACUCUGACCUGACAGAAGAGGUUAUGCGGAAUCUGGCAACACAACUUUAUCUUCCUGGGCUGUUUUAUAGAGUUACAGAUGAAAAUGCCAAAAAUAGUGAACUUUUUCUAGUGGGAAUGAUUUGCUACACAAGCAGACAUUACUGUGCCUUUGCCUUUCACACCAAGAGUUGCAAAUGGGUGCUGUUUGAUGAUGCAAAUGUAAAAGAGAUUGGAACAAAAUGGAAAGAUGUGGUCUCCCGGUGCAUUCGAUGUCACUUUCAGCCACUGUUGCUGUUUUAUGCUAACCCAGAUGGCACAGCUGUAUCUCCAGAAGAUGCUCCAAAGCAGAUUAUUCACUGGUCUCAAUGUAAAGCAGCAGCAGGAAAUAGCAAAAACUUGGGACUUGAAAAGCAUUCUGCUCCUAAAUCACACCAAAUGAAGGAGAAUGGAAUCGGAGACCCCACUAAUCAAAGGGUUUAUAAAAAACUUCAGCCAGAUAAUUCAGCAUUCAAUAGAAGCCAUAUUCAAGCUAGUGGUGGUAGAGGUGCAGCUAAGUUAGCUUAUAGCAAUCAAAAGGACAAGCUGAAGGACAUAUCCAGAGAGUGUGCUCAGAAAGCUGCUGAUAUGAAAAACUUCUCAUCUUUACGGAAAGAUGCAGACAGAGGACCAAGGAAAGAGUCUGGGAGACAAAGAGAUUUGAUGGGGGAAGAUCGUGCCAGUGUUAACUUGGGGUCUCCUUCAGUUGGAAACAGACACUGUGCUGAUCAGCGCAUACACAGCAGCCAGGGAAGAGGCUCUUACAAGCAUGAUGGUGUACCUCACCAAGCAAAGCUUUCUGUACAAGUGAUUGGAUCAAAUAAAAUAGAAGCUUGUCCUGCUGGGGAGAAACCAUUGAUAAGGACCCGGACUGAUGGUGUCACUGGCUACGAUACAGACACCAGUCAAGACUCUAGGGACAAAGGAAGUAUCAGCAGCAGAAGCAGAAGUAAAGGUUGGAAACCUAUGCGGGAGACACUGAACGUAGACAGCAUUUUCAGCGAGACUGAUAAAAAACAGCAUAGCCCAAAGCACAAGGCAAAUCCGAACAGUAAAUCUAAGCAUGAAAAGGAGCAAAGCUUUAGCUAUUGGCCAAAAGAGAACCAAAUCCAGAAGGGUUUAAUGACUAUAUAUGAAGAUGAAACAAAACAGGGUACAGGAAGUCGGAGUUCACUGGAUUCAGAAGGAAAAGGGAAUGCUGAAAAAAGCAAAGGAUUUACAGAGAGAAAAAUGCAUGGUGAUAACUGGCAAAAUCAGAAGACAGAAUCUGGAUAUGAAAGCAGUGAUCAUAUCAGCAAUGGAUCUACAAAUCCAGACUCACCUGUUAUUGAAGGAAUCAAUCCAGCAGAUGUCAAGAACAUUAGAGAAAGUGCUGCCUGCAGGAAGGAAUUGGCAGGGUGUUUGUCAGCUCCCUAUCUGGAUUGUGAACAGAACUUGGCAACCAAAAAACCUGACAAUGAGUUACAUACACAACAGAGAAGAAACUUUUAUGACUUGAGGAAAGACCGGGUCAAUUCAGAAGUUAACUAUAGACCUCAUGUUAAUUCUCCAACAGAAUUAUAUCUGCAGGUGCCCAGUCCUCCAGUAAAGAGAGCUGAAAUGCCUGAGACCAAUAGGAAACUUUUCCCAUCGUUAGCUCUACAGCCAAUUCUUAAAGACGGUGUGAAGUCAGAAAGCAGAAAUAAGUCAAGUGAACAGAAUUCUUCAGAGUGGCUUAGUCCAGAUAAGUUAGAGAAGGUCAGCGUGCCAGUAUAUGGUGCAGAUGGCAUAUCCCACCCCUAUACAGAAAAUGUCUGUGUAAGGAAGCUGAUGAGCGACGACUUUGACUCCUCUUCCCAGCCGCAGCCUCAUCACCUAAGAAUGUUUGGUCCCAAGGUGGGGUUGUCACCUUGUGUACCACAGAACCUGUCAGAAAGGCCCAUGGUGUUUCACCCUCACAGUGAGUAUGCCGGACACCCACUCCGAAGGGUGGAUGCUCUUUGGGUGCCUGAAGCAGCGUACCAGAAUCUUCCUCCGCCUUUACCGCCAAAGAAGUAUGCUCUGAAUACUUUUCUAGGAUCAGAAAAUAACUUGGCAGCCAGUAAAAAGUCGACAGAGGUGUUGCAAAACAAUACGUCGAGGCAAACAGGUACACCUUUAAAAUCUGGAUCAGAGGCAAGCAUAUUUACAAACGAUCAAAGGCUUAAAGAGCCAUUUCAAGUGAAUGAGCUGUUUGUUCAUAAACCAGAUUCUCCACCUCGCUUAUCAGUUAAUGAUUUUUGGACUCUGUCUGAAAACUUUUUAAAGACAGGAUCUCAUCAUACAGGACCAAGUGCUGGCUAUGUGGAUGGAAAUGAUAGUGUAUCCUUAACAACUUAUUUUUCAGUAGAUAGUUGUAUGACUGACACAUACAGGAUGAAAUAUCAUCAGAGACCCAAGCUGUAUUUCACAGAUAGUGGAAGCUUCCACAAAGAAUAGCAUACCCCAUCAAUUGGAGUAGAACUGAAUGCUACAUACCAUGCUGCUCUUGAGCCCAGGCAUUCCACAUCUGAGCAGUGGUACAAGGCAAACGUAGAAGGUGUACGCUGCAGUAGAUAGUCUUAAAAAAAGAAUCUCUGGAUCUGACUUUGGUAUUUCAUGUGGCCUGUAAAUGGGCACAGACAUUGAGAGAGUGUGUGAUGACUAUGUACCGAGUUUACUGUACUUUGGAUUCAUGACUGUCUAAAUUAAUAUGCAAAUAGAGGUGAACAAAGGAGGAGAGGUGCUAAACUUAGGGUUCUUAGAUUUGUUACUCUUGUUGCCUUAAUGCUUGCCUUUGUUACUCAGCUUGUCUUUUACACUUUAUACUAAAAACAGUCCCUCUGAGUGCAUACAUCAUACAGCAGCGGAAUCAACUAGAUGUUACUUUUUUUUGUAACAAAAUUUAAUAAGUUGCAAUUUAAAAAGCGUUCCUUUGGACUGUGGUCACUACAUGCAUAGACUAACAAAAGGGAUAAAUAUGCUACCAUACAUAAUGAAGUAAAUGUAGUUAUAAUGGAACAGUAUUUGUCCUGAUAGAUAGUAGAAGGUGACAUGGGGCUUUUUCAGCUGACUUCUCUGAGAGUAUGUGCUUUCACAGACCUUCAAGUGUCUUUAAUACAAGUUUACCCAGAUAAUUUCAAAGUUUUUGUUUUAAAAGCCUUAACAAGAAUUCUUUAGAAACGGUUGUUCUGUUUUGCAAGUGUUAAGUAAGAUUUUUCAAAGGGAAUUCAAGGAAACUGCAGAAAUAGCAUGUCCUAUUAAUACACCUAUUCUGUAUUAGUGUACAUUUUAAAACAUUUAUCAGAUUUGUUCACCCUAUAAGCUAUAUAUACUUUAACUUAUUAAAAUUAAAUUUAACCACAUAAACUACAAACUGAUAUAGCAGAAUAGGAUGCUAAUUUUAAAAUACAGUUACCAUGCAAGUAUGGCAAGUUUAAUUUUGUAAGGUUUUAGAUAUAUUUGCUAGUUAUGUUCAGUUCUGAUUUAUUCCACUAUUGCAUGCAAAGUCAAUGCUGCUGUUUAUUCAACUUCCUAUCUCUCUUUUCAGCUUGACAUUUCAAGCAAUGUUUAAUGGAGGUCAGACACUUGAUUUUACUGAUGCUUUUUCCUAUGCAGAGCACUCCCCCACACACAUGUUCUGUACUUGGCAGAUCAGGCUGUCUGAACCUGCAGCCAUUUAGGCUGCAGUGGCUGAAGGGGCUAGAAAAGCGGAGGUUCCUCUCUUCAUCUGCCCUAGCACUCUGCCCUGCAGUUUUAGCAGCUCUGGCAUUUGCCAUGUCUUUUCUUAACCUGACUUUUUAAGUAACAAAAGUGGAGGAUUCAUUUGGCUUUUAUUUGGUUAGUUAAAUUGGUGCACAGGACUAUGCAAUUGUUCUGAGGCCCAGCAUGUGGCUCAGUGACAGCUGGGGAAGAAAGCAGCAACCCUGGCUGUUCAAAAUUACCUGCUGUGUGUUGUGGUGUCAGAGGGAGGGCCUUAGAGUUCUGUUUAAGUCUUGUAACACUGAAGAAUAUGUAAUUUAACGUCAGCAAAGACUGACACAAUCCAAAAAGACUAAAUUUUGCCAUUUCAUAUUAGUGUUAACUUCGGGUGCUGCUAGUUACAUCUGAACAUCAAUGCCUUUUCAUUAUGAAAAUAAUGCAAGAAAGUUAAAUAUGCAUAAGAAACCUUUAUACUUGCACAGUUAGGAAAGCUUUUUUACGUUUAUAAACCGUAUAUACCUUAUGUGAGUUUUACUGCUUCAACCAAAUGUUAGCAAUUGUUUAGCACAAUUGUCCAGGGUAGACAUUUGAACAGUAGCUUUGGUGGUUCUUUGUCAAGGUCAGGGUUGGGUUGUUUUUUGUUGGUUUUUUGGUUUUUUUUUCUUUUUCUUUU